AUGGCAAAACAAGUGAUCGGAACCCACAACGGCUGCUUCCAUUGCGAUGAAGUGUUGGCAAUUGCAAUGCUUAAACAACUCCCAGAGUACAAAGACGCAGACAUUAUUCGUACCCGGGACAUGACAAAACUGGGAACUUGCAGUAUCGUCGUAGAUGUUGGUGGUGUUUUUGAUGCGGCCUCUCAUCGCUAUGACCAUCAUCAACCAUCAUUUGAUCUUACCAUAAAAGACUUCCAUCCCCAGCUGAAACCAACCCUAAAACUGAGCAGUGCGGGUCUCGUUUAUGCGCACUUUGGAAAGCGAGUAAUUGCCGAGAUUGUUGGAAAGUUGAAUUCUGAUGCAGACUUGGAAACGCUGUUCAAACAAGUUUAUACCAGUCUGAUCAGUGAAGUGGACGCUAUUGACAAUGGUGUGCCAAUUGCUGACUGUCCAACAAACUACCAUAUUUCCACGGGGCUAAGUAGUCGAGUAGAACGUCUCAACCCAGCCUGGAACAAACCAGACGAUGAAGCAGUAAGUUUUAUUCCUGAGCUGUUGUUAAAAUUCCAGACGAAGGAAACAGUUGUAAACAACUGA